AUGGCAGGACGUUCCUACAGCCCCCUCAUGCUUGCCCUCUCUUUGCUUCUUCUGCUCUCAUUCUGGAAUGUAGCUCAGGCUUAUACGCGCAGUGGAACGCUUCGUCCUUCAGAUUGCAAACCCAAGUGCACGUACCGUUGCUCAGCAACAUCACACAAGAAGCCAUGCAUGUUUUUCUGCGAGAAGUGUUGUGCUAAAUGCCUCUGCGUUCCUCCUGGUACUUAUGGCAACAAGCAAGUCUGCCCCUGCUACAACUCCUGGAAGACCAAGGAAGGAGGACCCAAAUGCCCUUAA